AUGGCAACUCUCAGACUAGCUCGCCAAGGCCUCAGCCGCAGCGCUAGGACAUCCUCGUCUCCUCCUCUCGUUGCGCGCGCGACAGCCGUGCACAGCACUCCAUGCCUCACUCGCAGGUCGUAUGUCACGCCCACAAGCCAGCGACAGGCCGAGGUCGUGGAGCAGCCUGUACUCAACUCACCUUCUGAGCUCGCUCGCAAGAUCUCUGCCAGCGUUUUGCCCAAAUUGCAGAAGCCCAACGUUCGCAAGGUACUGGUCGUCGGCUCCGGCGGUCUGAGUAUCGGUCAGGCUGGCGAAUUCGACUAUUCGGGUUCUCAGGCCAUCAAGGCUCUGCGCGAAAGCAAUGUCGAAGCCAUUGUCAUCAAUGCCAACAUCGCUACUAUGCAGACUUCGCAUGCUAUCGCCUCGGAAGUCUACUUUCUCCCCAUCAGCGCCGAAUAUGUAUCUUACGUCCUCGAGAAAGAGCGACCCGACGGCAUCUUGCUCACUUUCGGAGGCCAGUCAGCACUCAAUGUCGGUAUUCAGCUCGAGAAGAUGGGCGUACUGGAACGACUGGGCGUCCAAGUGCUCGGCACGCCCAUCCGCACGCUUGAGGUGUCCGAGGACCGUGAUCUAUUCGUCAAGGCACUCAACGAGAUUGAUAUCCCAGCAGCACACUCGACAGCUGUCUCUACCGUAGAUGACGCUCUUGCUGCGGCUGAGCAGAUUGGCUAUCCCGUCAUCUUGCGCUCAGCCUUCUCGCUCGGCGGCCUGGGCUCUGGCUUUGCGCAUGAUGCCGAUGAGCUCAGAGAUCUGUCCGCUCGCAGUCUGACUCUCAGUCCACAAGUCUUAAUCGAAAAGUCGCUCAAGGGAUGGAAAGAGCUCGAGUACGAAGUUCUGCGCGACGCAGCUGAUAAUUGCAUCACCGUAUGCAACAUGGAAAACUUUGAUCCUCUCGGAACGCACACCGGCGAUUCCAUCGUCAUCGCUCCUUCUCAGACGCUCAGCGACGAUGAGUAUCACAUGCUUCGCACGGCUGCUAUCAAGAUUGUGCGUCAUGUCGGCGUAGUAGGAGAGUGCAAUGUGCAAUACGCACUCCACCCUACCAAGCGCGAGUACAUGGUCAUCGAGAUGAACGCUCGCCUGUCUCGCUCAUCCGCGCUCGCAUCAAAAGCGACUGGAUACCCUCUUGCAUACACAGCGGCCAAGAUUGCGCUCGGUCACACAUUGCCCGAGCUGCCAAACGCAGUGACGAAGACGACGACGGCUUGCUUCGAGCCUUCGCUUGAUUAUAUUGUCACCAAGAUUCCUAAAUGGGAUCUCGCCAAGUUUCAAUAUGUCAAUCGGGAGGUAGGAUCGUCGAUGAAGUCCGUUGGCGAAGUUAUGGCGAUUGGUCGGACAUUUGAGGAAUCGUUGCAAAAAGCAGUCAGACAGGUCGAUCCUCGCUUUUCCGGUUUCCAGGCAGCAUGGGAGCCGGAAGAUCUCGAGCACGCUCUUUCGGUGCCUACGGAUCGUCGCCUGUUUGCCAUCGCUCACGCAAUGAUCAACAAGCAUUGGUCUGUCGAACGUGUCCAUCAGCUCACGAAGAUAGAUAGGUGGUUCCUUCACAAGCUUGACAAUAUCGUGCAAGUCCACAAUGCUUUCCUCGAGAUGGGCGACAUCACAAAGGCAGACUUUGACGUGAUAAAGCACGCCAAGAAGAUGGGUUUCUCUGACAAGCAGAUCGCAGGCCUCGUCGGCUCGACAGAGCUCGAGGUGCGCGCGCAUCGCAAAUCGCUUGGCGUCACUCCGUUCGUGAAGCGUAUCGACACAUUAGCGGCAGAGUAUCCCGCCAAUACAAACUAUCUCUACACCACCUACAACGCCUCUCAGCACGAUGUCGAAUUCAAUGAGCACGGGACUAUGGUCCUAGGUAGCGGGGUUUAUCGUAUCGGUAGCUCUGUCGAAUUUGACUGGUGCGCCGUCACCUGUGCGCGAAAGAUCAGAGAUCUCGGCAGAAAGACGGUGAUGAUCAAUUACAACCCAGAGACGGUCUCGACAGACUUCGACGAAGCAGAUCGACUGUACUUCGAAGAGCUUGGCUUUGAACGUGUUAUGGAUAUCUACGAGCUCGAAGCUGCUGACGGUGUUGUCGUCAGCGUCGGUGGUCAAUUGCCACAGAACAUUGCGCUUCGACUCAAGGACGCCGGCCUCAAUGUUCUCGGUACAGAUCCGAAACAGAUUGAUAAUGCAGAGGACCGACACAAAUUCUCUGCCAUUCUCGACGCAAAUGGAAUCGAUCAGCCAGACUGGAUCGAAGCGACAGAUCUCGAAUCUGCCACAACCUUUUCAGACAAGGUUGGCUUCCCCGUAUUGAUCAGACCGUCCUACGUUCUCUCGGGCGCGGCAAUGAACGUUGUGUACGAGCGAGAUGCGCUCGUUCACGCACUAUCGGCAGCUGCAGAGGUGUCUGCAGAAUAUCCGGCAGUUAUCACAAAGUUCAUAGACGGCGCACAAGAGAUUGAUGUGGAUGCUGUCGCUCACAAUGGCAAGCUGCUCAUUCAUGCGGUUUCCGAACAUGUCGAGAACGCUGGUGUCCACUCUGGCGAUGCUACGCUUGUCCUCCCGCCUUUCUCACUUCAUGAAGGCGACCUCGCCCGUCUUAAGACGAUUGCUGAAAAGGUGGCUUCCGCCUUUGACAUCAGCGGUCCUUUCAACAUGCAGAUCAUUCGCAAGGAAGGCGAUUCUCCCUGGGAGCCAACGACGCUCAAAGUGAUCGAGUGCAAUCUGCGAGCGUCAAGAUCAUUUCCCUUUGUCUCUAAAGUACUCGGCACCAACUUUAUCGACGUCGCCACGGCAGCUAUUCUCAAUCAGCAGGUACCUGCGCCGUAUGAUCCCAUGAAGGAAAAGCGAGACUAUGUGGCCAUCAAGGUGCCACAGUUCUCCUGGACUCGUCUUGCCGGCGCAGAUCCCUUCCUCGGUGUCGAAAUGGCGAGCACGGGCGAGGUGGCGGCAUUUGGUCAAAACAUUCACGAGGCCUAUUGGGCAUCCCUUUUGUCCACAACGGGCUUCAAGGUUCCUCCACCUGGCAGUGGUAUUCUGAUUGGAGGCGACAUCACCAAGCCAGAGAUGCGCACUGUCGCCAAAGGCUUUUCUGACCUUGGCUAUAAGCUCUACUGCUCGAGCCACGAGAUCGAAGACUUCAUCGCGGACCUGCCUUAUGUGCGCAAGGCGAAGCGAAUCUUCUUCCCCAAGACGGACAAGCGCAAGCUGCGUGAGGUUUUCGAAGAGUUUGACAUCACCUGCGUCGUCAAUCUAGCCAAGUCGCGCGGUCGUGACACCUUUGACGAAGACUAUGUUGCUCGUCGCAACGGAGUCGAUUUCGGACUGCCUUUGCUCAAUAAUGCCCGUUGCGCCCAGCUCUUUGUCGAGUCUCUUGCCAGUGCGUCUCAUCAAAAGGCGAUCAAUGGACUGGCAGGCUAUCGCGAGAAUCGCGUGCCGAGUGAAGUCAAAUCUUGGGCAGACUUUGUCGGCUCUCAUGUAUAG